GUAAAUUUUUUUUAUAAUAUAUAAAAAAAAAAAUUGGUGUAAUUAGGUAUGGUAGUCCUGCGAUACGGGCUUCCGACAAACCGUCGAUUGUGAUGGCGAGCAACAAUGGAGAGCCGAGCUCGGCACCGCAGCCGGAGAGAUGGUACAACCUCACCCUCGGCGCCUCCUUCAAGGACCAAGCUUCCGUCAAGUUCUCCACUCUCCGAUAUGAAUUUAAACCGGCCUCUAUUGAUAAGAGCCAGGCAGGUUCUCUUCAUAAGAAUAAGGAGAACAGGGUCUCUGUCGAAUUUCACAAUAAUCAACCUGGGAAGCCAAAGGUUACAUUUGAAGGGAGCAGUGAAAACUACAAGGACAACGAUGGAGUCUUGUUUUUCGAUGGUCAGACCUUUCGAUUGGAGAGAUUGCAUAGAGCAGUCAAGAGGUUGAGGCAUGUUAGACUACCUGGUGAGGCGGCUGCUGCUGCUGCAGCUAGUGCAGCAACUCCAGUGCCAGCUGUAGCAGCCAUGGAAUCCCGUUCUCCUCCACUUGGGAAGACAACGAAAUCCCAGCCCCUAACCAAGGCUGUAGCUCAUUCAGUGCCUGUGGAGAUAGAAAAAAUUGACAUCGGCGAACCAGAAAGUCCAGUUCCAAAGCCGACAAACAGGAAUAAUGAUUACCACUCAAUGCCAUCGAAUCCUUUUCCAUUUUCUCCUGAUCCAAGGUCCUCUGAAGCAGAGGAAAAUGUGGACAUUGUAGCAGAUGACGAUGCAGGCUCACCGAACCAGAACGAUGCCGGGGCUCAUGCAAGUGGCUUUGGGUUAGACAUCAACAUUCCGGGCCAGAAUGAUUCAGAUGAAGAGAAUGCCGAUGUGGAUAUCAGUGAUGAUGAGGGAAACAAAGGGCCAAAUGCUGCAGAAGCUCUCCAGGCUCAAAUGAAUGCAGAAGAGAAGCAGGGGCAGCAGACUUCCAGUUCGAGUGACAGCAGUGGGAGCGGAAGUAGCGGAAGUGGGAGCGGGAGUGAAAGCAGUAGUAGCGACAGUGAUGGCAGUGAUGAUGACUCGGCCAGUUCUGGUGGUGAUAUUGACAUCUGAUCAAGAAACAGGAAACAUGCAAGACGAGGAAUUUCAGAGAUCAAGUGGGGAACAUUUCAUUGUGGGCAAGGCUUGUUUUUGAUAUCUUAACAUAUGUGUGAAAUAAACUCCCGGUUUCAAGACUCUGGUUUGAUGAGUCAUUGUCACAGAGGGUUGGUUCUUCAAGUGUUUGUUUAUUUACCAUUUUUGUUGUAAUCUUUGACUUGAUUGUCUGCACCCUUCAGCUCUCUGGCUUGAUGAUUGGGAAUAUGUUGAUGUAAUUUGUAAAUGUUAUUUUUAGUGUUCUCACAACUUUUGAAAUCCAAA